UCAUACAAAAAAAAAAAAAAUCCAAACCAAACUCUCAUACAAAACAAAAAAUCCAAAAAUCCAAACCAAACUCUCAAUGGCAUCAUCUUCCCGAGAUGAAUUAGGACAAGCUUUAGACGAAGAAUUUGAUAAUAUCUUCCAAACCGAAUUGGAUAAUGCUUUGUACUCUUACGAUGAUCCUCAACCACCCACCAAACCGAAGAAAAAAAGAGUAUAUAUCGAAAGACACCGUGAAGAAGGACACAUCAGGUUAUGGAACGAUUAUUUUGGCGAAAAUGCCACUUUUCCUCCUCCUUUAUUCCGACGUCGUUUUCGGAUGAAUAAGCACUUAUUCAUCCGUAUUGUUGAUCGACUAUCGAAUGAAAUGCCUUUCUUUCAACAAAGAAGAGAUGCUCUAGGAAGGUCCGGUUUCUCUGCACUACAGAAGUGUACAGCAGCAAUUCGUAUCCUUGCGUAUGGUUGUGCGGCUGAUGCGGUUGACGAAUACCUCCGGAUUGGUGAAAGCACAGCAAUGAAGUGCAUGGAACAUUUUGUGAACGGAAUAAUGUAUUGCUUUGGCGAUGAGUAUCUCAGAAAACCCACGGCACAAGAUCUUCACAGACUACUCAUUAUUGGAGAGAUAAGAGGAUUUCCCGGGAUGAUGGGAAGCAUCGAUUGUAUGCACUGGGAGUGGAAAAAUUGCCCAACCGCUUGGAAAGGGCAAUAUACACGUGGCCAUGGAAAACCAACGAUCGUAUUAGAGGCUGUAGCUUCCCAAGAUCUUUGGAUAUGGCAUGCGUUUUUUGGACCUCCAGGUACUUUGAACGAUAUUAAUAUUCUUGAUCGCUCUCCCAUUUUUGAUGACCUCAUAAAAGGACGAGCACCAAAAGUGAAGUAUGUUGUUAACGGGAAUGAAUAUCGUAUGGGUUACUAUUUGACGGAUGGAAUUUAUCCUAAAUGGGCUUCAUUUAUCCAAUCAAUUCCACUUCCACAAGGUGAUAAACCAUCUUUAUUUGCCACAUGUCAAGAAGCUUGCCGUAAAGAUGUCGAGCGUGCUUUUGGAGUUUUGCAAGCUCGAUUCGCCAUUGUAAAAACUCCGGCACUUAUUUGGGAUAAGGAAAAAAUUGGAAAUAUUAUGCGAGCUUGUAUAAUACUUCACAAUAUGAUUGUAGAAGACGAACGAGAUACGUAUACACAGUUUGCUGUCACCGAAUUCCAACAGGCGGAAUCUUCCGGAAGUACUGAGGUGGUUUCCGGCUAUUCUGACGAUACCCCUUCAAGUAUCGUCGAUAUGAUGGCCACUAGAACUCGAAUUCGUGAUCAAGUUAUGCAUGAACAAUUGAAGAACGAUUUGGUCGAGCACAUUUGGACUAAACAUUCUACAAAUCAUGUUUAAAUUAAUUAUGCUUUGUGUUUAUGUUAUUUAUGAAAUAAAUUGUAUCUCAUAUAUGUUUUAAAUUUUG